AUGAGUAGACUUAAGUUUGUACUAUUUGCGCAUCGAUUAUUAUCUCCCACAUACAUUGUUGAUCGUACCCUUCAAAUUCCAGUUCAUUUAUUUGUAAAUAAGAUUAAUGUUUUCUCGACACAAAUAAAACGGUUUGCUGGUCAUGCUCACUGGCAAAAUGUGAAACAUAUCAAAGAAGCUGGUGAUCGUGAAAAAUCUCAAACUGCACUAUAUUACGUUAAGGCUGCACAGAAAGCAAUUAGAGAAGGUGGAGGAGUCCGUGAUCCAAAGAAAAACUUAAAAUUAGCUGCAGUUUUAGCUGAGGCUAAAACAAAAUCUGUCCCUUUUUCUACCUUCGAAAAACUAUUAAGUACAGAUAAUCAAAUUGAACCGUAUAUAAUCGAAAUAAAGGCUCCCGGUGGAUUAUUUGUGAUUGUAGAAAGUCGAGCUAAACACGUUGCCAAUGAGCGUCAACGUGUCUGUUCUAUCGUAAAAAAAUAUGGUUUCUCUCUUGUUCCUGCUGGCGAUAUAGCUGACAAGUUCUUCGAUCAUAUUGGUUUAGUCACUGUCUCUGCUAAAUCUAGUAAGCAAUUAUCAGAUUUAGAUGCGGCAACUAAUUUGGGCAUUGAAAUCGGAGCGAAAGAAGUUGAAUUAAGUUCUAGUGAAGAUCAGAAUUAUCAUUUUCAUUGUGAAGUACAUGAAAUUGAUCAUUUACGUCAAUCUCUUGAAACUAUACAUCAUAUUCCAGUGAUAAAUACACAAGAUAUAUAUUCUCCUAAAAUAUUUGUUCCUAUUCAUCAUGAUGUACGUCAAACAUUAGAUGAAAUGUAUGAUAAAAUUAAAACUUCACUUGAAUAUGUUGAUAGAAUAUUUGAUAAUGUUAUCAUUAAUAAAUAA